AUGACAUUUUCCAACACAGUUUUUAGUACUGGACGCGGUGUAAUACAACGUGUUGGUGAAAAAGGUGACAGUGCAGCAAUUGGACAGAUAGGCAGAGGCGUAGAAAGACUAGGAAUUCAACCUACUGCUGGUGGCAGUGGAGAUGCUGGUGCCGGUUCAUCUACAGGUGCUGUGGCUGUUGUAUCAUCAGGAAGAGGUGCUGCCCGGGGCAAAAGAAUCUUGCCGGCAGAUAUCUUUAUUUCAAAGCCAAGCCAUAUACAGAAUAAGAAAGGCACAUCUGGCACUCAUAAAACGAUAAAGGUGAAUUACUUCAAAUUGCUUAAGGCGACUGAUUGGGCUCUCUAUCAGUAUCGUGUAGAUUUUGCGCCCGAAGAAGAUCGUACAAUUGUACGUAAAGGCUUACUUAAAUUACAUCAAAAGAGUAUUGGCGCAUAUAUUUUUGAUGGCACCGUGAUGUAUACAAGUCACCGAUUACAAGAUCAAAUGGUAUUUACUUCAACUCGGCAAUCUGAUGAGCAGCAUAUAACAAUUACCGUUCGUCUCGUGAGUGAUCUGCUGGUAGGAGAUGCUCAUUACAUUCAGUUCUUUAACAUAAUUAUGAGGAAAUGUUAUGAACAUCUGAAACUAAAAUUGGUCGGUCGCAAUUAUUUCGAUCCUGACGCUAAAAUGUCCUUGCCGGAAUACAAAUUGGAAUUGUGGCCGGGAUACUUAUCAUCUAUUCGACAACACGAGCGAGAUAUAUUAAUGUGUGUCGAGAUAACAAAUAAAGUUAUGCGAUUGGAAACCUUGGGAGACAUCCUGAAUAAUUAUUACCAAAGUUCUCCUGAGAGAUAUAGAGACAAUUUUUGUAACACUGUGAUUGGUACAGUAGUUCUUACCGGUUAUAACAACAAUACAUAUCGCAUUGAGGACGUAGAUUUCUCAACUACUCCUAGUGACACGUUUCCUUUGAAAAAUGGCGAUAAAAUAACAUAUAUAGACUAUUACCAAAGGAAAUACGGAAUCAGGAUUAGGAAUGCUAAACACCCAAUGCUUGUGACGAGAUCCAAGCCAAAAAAUCGACAAGCUGAAGAAGGGGAUCGUGUUUAUUUAGUGCCCGAAUUAUGUCGGGCGACAGGUUUAACUGAUUCCAUGAGAGAAAAUUUUAGACUUAUGGCAAGUUUGGCUCAGAAAACACGUCUUAAACCUGACAUGCGUAUUAAGAUGUUAUUGAACUUUAAUCAAAGACUUCACAAUGAACGUGCUGUCAAGCAAGAAUUUUCCGAGUGGAAUUUGCAACUAGAUAACAGGUUGCUCGACAUUCCUGCGCGGCAGUUAGAGGCAGAAAAAAUAUAUUUCGGCGGACAAACAAAUAUGUGUGCCGUUUCCGAUGAUGGCGAUUGGACAAAAAUUAUGAUAAAUAAGACAUGUGUAAUUUCUCCAAUAUUGAAAGAAUGGGUUUUCUUGAUUUCGGAAAGGGAUAAGCAUUUGGCGGAGGAAUUUAUACAACAUAUAAUAAAAGUAUCGCAUGGAAUAUCAUUUCAAGUGAGUCGUCCAAGAAAUGAAUAUCUUCGCGAUGAUAGACCAGGCACAUAUAGCGACAUGCUGGAACAAAUUUUAAGUAAAAGUUUACCGCAAUUGGUGUUUUGUGUGGUGUCAAAUAAUCGCAGCGAUCGUUACUCGGCGAUCAAGAAAAAAUGUUGCGUGGACCGGCCUGUGCCAUCGCAGGUCUGCUUGGUAAAAACAAUGACACACAGAAACAUCAAAUCUAUUGCUACAAAGAUAGCAAUACAGAUGAAUUGUAAAUUGGGUGGAGCACCGUGGUUCGUAGACAUUCCGUUAGAUGGAAUAAUGAUGAUUGGAUUCGACGUUUGCCACGACACAACGGUAAAGACUAAAGAUUUCGGUGCUACAGUGGCGAGUUUGGAUAAACGCAUGACAAAGUAUUUCAGCGCGGUAAGUGCGCACACAACCGGCGAGGAAUUGUCGAAUGAUCUUUCUGACAACAUUUGUAAGGCUGUACAGGCUUACUAUGCGCAUAACAAAAACCUGCCGAGUCGCAUUGUGAUUUAUCGCGACGGUGUUGGUGAAGGUCAAGUCUCACAGGUGAUGGAACGUGAAGUUGAGUAUAUCAGAAAGAGGCUUGACCGGAUGUAUGGUGGCCCAGAUAAAUACAAAAUGGCUUUUAUAAUUGUGACAAAGCGAUUGAACACACGGUUCUUUGAAAAUAACGACAAUCCAGCAACGGGCACAAUAGUCGACGACGUCAUUACAAGUCCUAUUAAAUACGAUUUCUUCAUUGUAUCGCAGAAAGUGCGACAGGGCACAGUCACGCCCACUGCUUACAGUGUUAUUUACGAUAAUCUUGGUUUAGAUCCUGAUAAGAUGCAACGUCUAACUUACAAACUGACCCAUAUGUAUUAUAAUUGUUCAAACACCGUUAGGGUACCGGCGCCCUGCCACUAUGCUCAUAAACUAGCGUUCCUAGUGAGUAAGUUUAUUCACCGAGCGCCGGACACGCAGUUGCAAAACUCAUUAUACUUUUUAUAAUCUCUCAUUUUGUAACAUUUCAUUUUUUUCAGUUUUGUAUGUAUCAUUAUCUCUUUACUUUGUUUUUAAUCAGUAUUAUACCAUUUUAAGCAGAUUACUUACGGAAACAAGUUUUAUUUUUAUAAUAUUAAAAUCUUGGAGAAAUUGGAACUGUAAAAGAAAAAACCAAGCAUUGAUACAAAUAAUACUUUUAUUGCUUAUGUUUGAAGUAACAUCACUAUGAAGUUGCUUUAUAAAAGAGAACUCUCUAUAUUGGCAUUAACAUGAAACGUUCUUUAAAAAAAAAAAAAAAAAGAUAAAUACUAAGCUGUGUGAAAUGUAUAAUAUUAAUCUAUCAAUAGUUAUUUUAGUGUUCUGAUUUUUUGGAUAAUUUUUAAGACUCACUGUAAUUAAUUGAAUCAUUAUUAUAUAAACAGUUCAUUUCUUUUACCACGAUUAGAUAUUCAUUAUGACUGCAGUGAGAAUCAAAUUCAUGAAAGUUUCGCAUGAAUUGUCGAUAAGACUUUUGCAACUUGAUGUGACAAUACUUAUGCCUAAGAGAAUUAUUCCUAAGAAUUACCAUUCCAUGUUACCUCUUGUACACUUAUUGUAAUCAUUGAUUUCGGAAAUUUUUUUUUGUUUGGAUUCGAUACUACAUCCAAGUAAAUGGAUAAUGUAUGUUACCAUAAAUUUAAAUAGAUUUUUAGUUGUAUUUUUUAUAGACCAAAGUUACAUUAAUAAACUAUUCCGAUUUCAAAGUUUACAAUAUAAGUGAAUCAUGAAAUGUAUGUUUCUCUUAUAUUUUCUAAAAAAUGAUUUUGAUUGCGCCUUAUGAAUAAAGAACGUUUUUGACGUCA